GGAGGCCUAUACCCAAAAUGGGGUCCAUAUCCCAAAUAAUUUAGAUCUAAGUUAAACACUAACAUUAACUAACACUAUAUUAUAAGUACAUUUGUAAAAAAAUUUAAUCACUAACACAAUGUAAAAUGUAAAAACUGAGGAUAUUGGAAUAAAAAGGCUUUAUUAUUAUGAGUAUCAACUCUGUUCAGCAGGCCUACUAUCAACUUUAACCUAGCGAUCCAAUUCCGACGCUAUUCAACUUCAGUGCCUAUACUGAAUCGCUUUCAUUUCGUACCAUGACAUCUCCGAAACUGAAUCGCAUUUGAAUCGUGUAUCGUGAAUGAAUGAUCGAGGUUUGUCUAUGAUCUGCAGUUGGGUCGAAAUGCGCGCGAAAGAGACAACGCUAUAUAAGUCUUGCAUAAGUUUGUCUCUUUCUCUCGAAAACUAUGCGCUGCGUUCCGAACGUAGUAAAUUAUAUCGACGGCAAGAUGUAGCUUGUUUAGUUUUAAGUUAAAUGAGUAAUAAUACCAGUAAGAAGCGUAAAAAUACAAAAUAUAUCAAUUUUAUUAUAGUAGAGUUUAGUUAAUAGGACUUUUUGUAUAUAAUUAAAAUAUUUUGAGUGAUGUUAUUCGGACAAAAUGUAUGCAACUUAUGAACACAUCUUGUUAAACGUCAUCUUUGUUAACUGACAUUGACAAUUGACAGAUUUUUAGAUCGGAGGCAUCAGAUAUCAGACAGGCGCGAAAUUUGUAUUUGUAAUUAAUUUUAAAAAGUUAGUUAAACAUAUUUUUUAAAUUUAUUUAAAAACAGUGUAUGGUGUAGUGUUUAUAUAGUGAUAGCAAGUAAAUUGAUAUUAUGGCAGAAACAUCGAGACGCCGAGUUAGCUACGGUCAGCUAGAGCAGUUAUGGGAAUUUUUAAAUGCCAACAAAGGUAUAGCUACAGGCUAUAAUAAAACGUCCCAAGCUAGAGAUUUUUCAAAAAGGAUGUGGGAGAAUAUAGCCCAAAAUUUGAAUUCGCAUGGAGAUGGCGCUAUAAAAGAUUGGAAAGGAUGGAGUAAAUACUGGAAUGACUACAAGUCUAAAUUGAAAAAGUUGGCUGUAGCUGCUAGAGCAUCACACCAGCAGACAGGCGGAGGGGCUCCUUUGAAUCGCGCUUUAACUGAAAUAGAGAAUAAGUUUCUCUAUAUCUUAGGAGAAGAUUUUGGCUCUGGCCUGCCAGGAAUAAGGGUAGAGCCAUUGGAAACAUUAAAUGAAACUACAAACUUUAUUAAUUCAGAAGCAACUAAUUCAGUAGUUUCUGAAAGCAUAUUGGACUUGCCGAUGGUGAUAUUGGAAGAAGAGCCUGGACCUGGACCAUCAUCAUCAAGAUUAUCACCUCCUCAACCUGAUUCACAUCCUUUACCAACGUCACCUCCAUUACCUACAACUCCCCCCAGGGCUGUAACUCCUAGACCAGUUCCCAUUAGCACUCCUAGACGCUCACCACGUCGCCGCAGACGCCGCGUGACCCCAUUGACGCAAGAUGCGGCUCGGAGAGAGCUUAUUAGGAUAUCCGACAGAAGGGCAGAAAUAGAAGAAGCCAACAGAGAUACUUUGAUAAAACUUUUAGAAGAAAUAAGAGGAAUAAAAGAAAUGCUUUUGUCAAGGUAUGUCGAGCGUCCCAGAGAUGAAGUAUAAGGUUAUUUCUGCAGUUAACACCGAACUGUAGACCUUGGUUAUUGUUAACAGUGUGUUCAUUGUUAGCUGAACUUAACUGCAUUUGGGCCUCUUGCAGCACAUCUUCGUUGCUCAGCAUAGAAACAGGCAUAUUUGCUUUGUUGCAAAUAUUAUGUAAAAUUACACAAGUAUUCACUAUGGAAGCUGCAACUCUUGGUUGAUAAUGCAAUACUCUAUGGACUAAAAGACAUCGAAAACGAGCUUUUAAGAGUCCAAUUGUCCUUUCAAUUACAUUCCUGGUUCUUAUUUGUAAAUCUGUGUAAUGUUUCUCUGGUGUGUCAGGAAGAGCAUUGACAAUGGGUGUCAUCAUGUAUUUCCUCAAUGGGUAACCUGAAUCAGCUGC